ACCCGCGGCGCGCCGACCGCACGCCCGCCAUGCGCCUCGCCCCGCGCGCGCCGCUGGCGCUGCUGGCGCUGUCGGCGCUGGCCGCCGCCGCCGCCGCCGCCGCCUCGCCGCGCAAGCACGACCAGGACUUCGAGUUCGACGACGCGCCGGAGGCGCCGCCGCACGCGCGCCGCCCGCGCCGCUACGUGUACGACCCCGACAACCCGCUGUGCCGCGCGCUGGUGUGCGAGCCGCGCGAGACGUGCCUGCUGCGCGACGCCUUCACCGCGCUGUGCGCGCGCCGCCAGGACGUGCGCGCCCGCGGGGACACCAUCGUGGCGGGCGGCGACGCGGCGUGGGAGCGCGGCGACGACGACGACGUGUUCUACGAGGCGCGCGCCGACCACGCCGAGCGCGCCGAGCCCGCCGCGCGCGCCGCGCCCGCCGCGCCCGACAGGUGCGUGGGCUGCGCGCGCGCAGCGCGCGGCGCCUUCCUGUGCGGCUCCGACAACCGCACCUACUCGUCGCUGUGCCGCCUCGACCUGCACAACUGCGUGCGCCGCGCCGUGCCGCCUGUGCGCCUCGCGUGCCGCGGCUUCUGCCCUUGCCGCGCGCCCGCGCCCGAGGACGAGGACCGUCGGCGCCGGCCGCAGCUGCACAACGACGUGCACGCGCCCCGGGCGCGCGCGCGCCGCCCCGCGCACGGGGCGGGCUGCGCGCUGGAGCGGAUGGCGGACCGGCUGCUGGACUGGUUCGCGGUGCUGAUGGACGACGCGGGCGCCGCUCCUCCGCCGCCCGACGGGUUCCCGCGCGACUGCAAGCCCGAGGUGCGCUGGAUGUUCGAGCACCUGGACGCGGGCCGCGACGGCGCGCUGUCGGCCGCCGACCUCUACGCGCUACGGCACGACGAGCGCGAGCGCUGCCUGCGGCCGUUCCUGGCGACGUGCGGCGCGCGCGGCGGGCGCGGCGCGCGCGGCGUGACGCGCGCCGCGUGGUGCGCCUGCCUGCGCCGCGCCGCGCGCCCGUGCGCCGCGCUGGCGCGCGCGCACCCCGCGCCGCCGCCCGGCGCCUACGUGCCGGCGUGCGACGCGCGCGGCUGGUACCGCGCGCGGCAGUGCCACGCGGCGCUGGGCGUGUGCUGGUGCGUGGACGCGCACGGCGUGGAGCGCCCCGGCUCGCGCACCAAGGGCGCGCCGCUCUGCCCCGGUGAGAACGAGACGGACAACAGCCUGGGCGAGGCGGUGGACGAGGCGGCGGGCGAGGCGGCGGACGAGGCGGCGGGCGAGGGCCGCGCGCCCGACGACGACGAGGACGUGGGCGGCAGCGGCGACGGUGACGAUGACAACGAGCUGCGCUUCUGAGGCGCGCGACAUCGCCUCAACGUGCGUCCGCGUCGCCGGCGCCGGCAGACGACGUCUUCACCGAACCCCGUAUAGUAAAUAAUUAAAACAAAAUGCAUUAAAACCUACAAAUCAUAACAUAGCGUAAUACAUCAUUUUACUUUUCUGUUUUAUCGAGUAGCUGAGGCUAGGCAUCGCUUAGUCAACAGAAGUGCUACGGCAGGUACUCACUUCGUUUUUAGCUGCACUAUUACUAAGAGUCAAAGUAAUUUAGUCGUUGACAUACAGGCCUAUGAUAUUUUAUUUAAUGUUACAACUUUGAUAAAAUAAAAGAUUAUGGGAGAAUAUUUUCAUAUUAAAAUUUUGAAAUACAAAUGUUUGGCAAUAGUUGUACUUACCUAUGUAUUUAAAAUUGGUGACUAAAGUUAGUGUGACUUAGGGAAUACGUACUUUGUCAUGCGUACAGCGAAUGAGACGCGGUAGGCACUUGCUUAGACUACGAGUGUAGGAGUCGCUAGAGCGUUGCAUGGAACGCGGUCGAUGGUUCGCCGUUGCAUGUAAGGUAGGGUAACGUUAUGUAGACAUGUGGAGCCUUUAUUAGUUAAGGAUAGAGUGUAACACAUAAUACCUAACAGUAAAAUACUUCAUAUAAAAGAAACCUAUGUAACAAGCUUAUGAAUGUUCGAUAUUAUUAGUUGGUAAUCUAGUUAUAGGAUAUAGUCAUAUUCUGGUACGUCAUCUCGUGUUCGUGUGCUGCUCGUUGAGCGAACACGUCAGAUUAAGUUCCAGCAAACCGAUUCACUCCAACUAAGUAUUAACUAAAUAAGGGAUGUAAUAAACCAAAAUAUGUAAAAAUUACAACAUCAAAGGUUAUUUGCACUUUUUUAAAUCUCACUAGUUUAAUUUAAAUAAAUAAAUAAAGUAAUUCA